AGAAAAACCUAAGAAACCCUAGUAACAAACCUAGAUUUUAUUCCGAAACAAAUCGUCAUUAAUUUUUCUAUUCUCUCUGCAGCCUUCUUCCUCUCCUCUCCAUGUUCUACUUCUCUCCCUUUAAUUCAUCAUCGUUUUCCUUUUUUUUUUUCGAUCAUGUACUAAUGGUUUCUUUUACAGAUUUUGAUGUGGCUUCGGGAUACGAUGAUUCUGAACACUGAGGAGGUCGAGCUAACGGGAUAACACAAGAGGAAGUCGAGUUGUUGGUCUGUUAGUGACUUUUGGAGAUGGAGAAGUGGAUUGCUGCCUAUGAGGAAGAGAAGGUGAUACAUGUAUCUGCAACAAUAGAGGUGAUCACCAGGAAAGCCUGUAGUUCGAUUUUAACAUAUGUAAUACCUUGAGUCAUAUAAAGUUUCAAUUUUUGUUUUCUUGACUGUUUUGGCUAAAUAAUGCCACCAUGUGUGUGAAAGCAUUGAAAAAAUUACCGGGCUUAACAUGUUUGGUCGUAGUUGUUCUGGAGGAAUUCGAAACUUAUGAAUAUGCAAGACGGUGUACAUUCAAGGUGGAUUCAUUCUUCUACAGGGAUCCUGACGAAGCCAAGGAUCAGGAAACAGAUGAGGGUGCUGCUCCAGUGGCCUAUUUUGGUGUUGCUGAUAGGAUUUCUAAUGAUCAAUGGGUGGUGAUACCCAAUGGGAAGGUUAGAUUUCAACAUAUAAAGAGAAAACAAACCCAUUAUCAUCUAGCGUACCCUCUCGAUGGAAAGUAUAGAAAGGAAUCUAGACCAAAGAACAAGGCGAAACAAGAAACAGUUUUGGAAGCAAUCACAUCAAUUCAACCAAACAAAAAUGAUCCCUCAUGUGUCGUCCAACUCUCUUAGCAGAAAUGUCAGACAUGCUCGAGGCCUUGCAGCGCACACCUGAGGGGAGCCAGAUUUGUGUUUCUUAUCGGAAACAUAAAGCCCAAGGGUUAAUUUUGGUUUCACAUGCUUUUUUGUUUAUUAGUAUGGAUGUUUCCACUCAUUGGUACUGCGGUACAAAUAGUGAAUUUUCUGUGUUGACUAAGUAUAUAUUAAUUAAUAAGGACAUUGGUUAUUGUUUUUGUUGAAA